CCUACUGGAGUUCAAGUUGAAAUUUCAAGGGCAGGUUAGAAUGGAGUGAGUGAGAGGGGGAGUCGCAGCUGCUCAGAGCUCACUGUCAGAGACACCGCUGUAGAGAGAAUAAGAACAUGUUUGGCAGAGUUGGACAUGUUCGCAGGUGCACAGCCACCUUAAACCCUUUGUUGGGUGCCUUGGCCUCAAGACUAAAGCACACACUUCCAGACCUCCCUUAUGAUUAUGGGGCACUUGAGCCCCACGUCUGUGCUGAGAUCAUGCAACUUCACCACAGCAAGCACCAUGCAACAUACGUCAACAAUCUCAACGUUACUGAAGAGAAAUACCAAGAGGCCCUGGCCAAAGGUGAUGUGACAACACAAGUGGCACUUCAGUCAGCUCUGCGGUUUAAUGGUGGUGGUCACAUCAACCACACCAUUUUUUGGACAAACCUGUCCCCAAAUGGAGGAGGAGAGCCACAGGGUGAGCUUAUGGAGGCCAUUAAGCGUGACUUUGGCUCAUUCCAGAAGUUUAAGGAGAGGAUGUCUGCUGCUACUGUGGCAGUUCAGGGGUCAGGAUGGGGGUGGCUGGGCUUUGAUAAGGAGAACAGCAGACUGCGAAUUGCUGCCUGUGCCAACCAAGAUCCACUACAGGGAACCACUGGUCUUGUUCCAUUGCUUGGCAUUGAUGUUUGGGAACAUGCAUAUUACCUUCAGUACAAGAAUGUUAGGCCGGACUACGUUAAGGCCAUGUGGAACAUUGUGAACUGGGAGAAUGUUAAUGAACGCUUUCAAGCUGCAAAGAAGUAGAUGAUACACCUGUGAUUAAGAGUUCUCCUAACAUUUUUCUUACAGAACGCACAAAUAGCCCGACACAUUGUUGCAAUCAGAUCCUGUAAUGACUAGUACAGAACCAUGAGGAAUCGUUUUUGGCAAGAUCAAAAAAGGUUGUUUGUCAGAAAUAGUUGCCAUGGAGUAACUAAGAUGGUGUAAGUUUGUAUUGUCAGAGUAUGUAAUUAAAACAUUAUUUGAACUAA